AUGUCACCACUCAACCAAACUACUGAGAACCACCAGAGCUUCUUCACCCUGACUGGGAUUCCAGGAAUGCCAGAGAAAGACUUAUGGAUGGCCUUGCCUCUCUGUCUUCUUUACAGCACCACGAUCUUGGGAAAUGUCACCAUCCUUGUUGUCAUCAAAGUUGAGCAAAGUCUCCAUGAGCCCAUGUAUUAUUUUCUAGCCAUGUUAGCUGCCACUGACCUCAGCCUUUCACUGUCUUCCAUGCCUACAAUUGUCAGUGUUCACUGGUUCAACUGGCGUUCAAUAACUUUUAAUGGCUGCCUUAUCCAGAUGUUCUUCAUCCACACAUUUGGAGGAGUGGAAUCAGGUGUUCUGGUGGCCAUGGCCUUUGAUCGCUUUGUGGCCAUCCGCUUUCCUUUGCACUAUGCUACAAUUCUCACUCACAGUGUCAUCAGCAAGACUGCAGCAGCCAUCCUGCUACGGAGUGUGGGGGCUGUGCUUCCUGUGCCUUUUCUCAUCAAAAGGUUACCUUUCUGUCACUCCAAUGUCCUCUCCCAUGCGUACUGCCUCCAUCAGGAUGCCAUGAGGCUUGCCUGUGCUGACACCAGUGUCAAUAGCAUCUAUAGCCUGCUGGCUGUGAUCUUCAUCAUUGUACUAGAUGCCUUGAUACUUUUGGCCUCUUACAUUCUAAUCCUCCAGGCAGUAUUGAGCAUUGCUUCCCAGGAAGAGAGGCUCAAGGCUGUCAACACCUGUCUCUCUCAUAUCUGUGCAGUGCUGCUUUUCUAUGUGCCUCUCAUUGGUAUGACCCUAAUUCAUCACUAUGGGAAGCAUUUGUCACCACUAAUACACACGUUCAUGGCCAAUAUCUACCUGCUUCUCCCUCCUGUGCUCAAUCCCAUUGUGUACAGUGUUAGGACCAAGCAGAUCCGAUGGCGGAUUAUCCAGGCCUUUUGUGGGGCUAGGGUUAGCGCUUAA